CCUGUGUAGGUAAGAACAAAAUUUUCAAAAUAUCCAAUAAAAACAAAAAGCGAGCACCAAAAGCGCCACAAAAAGAAAAAUAAAAUGUUUAUUUUCAAAAAAAUCCGUCCCCACCCCUUCAAGAAAUCCGUUAGCCGCAUCAAAGUCAUAGACUGAACUGUAAGUAAGGAAACUCCCCCAUCGCGUUUCUGUCUUCGGGAGAAGAAAACUGCACAAUUUUCACAGGAAAAGAAAAUCUGAGCAUUGAGAUUGUAAUUUUGUGAAGUAGGCAGAAGAGGAGAAAGGUUAGAGAGCCUGUGGCUGAAGCAGAAACAGAAGCAGAGCAGAAGCAGAGAAGAGGAAGGCAUUGAUUAAAAAACGAUGUCUGUUUUGGAGGAAAACCCAGAUUCGCCAUUGAAGAAGAGACCACCGAGCUGGUCAGACAUUUGGCUCAAAAACACCAAGCCAUUAAAGCAUGUGGUUUUCGCUAUGCAGCUUCAGUCUUUGGCUUCAAAAGACCCCAAAUCUCAAACCCUAAUCCCCAAAUUCGCCAACAUCGACCGAACCCUUCUUUUACCCGACGAACUACUUUUAAAAAUCCUCUCAAGACUACCCAUUUCGCAACGAAACCCAAACUCCCUCGUCUGCAAGCGGUGGCUCAAUCUCCAAGGCCGCCUCGUACGGUCCUUAAAGAUCCUAGAUUGGGACUUUCUCGAAUCAGGUCGGUUGAUCACUAGGUUCCCGAACUUAACCCACGUGGAUUUGCUCAACGGCUGUCUGUUUUCGCCGCGAAAUUCGUGGAUUCUGUUAACACAUCGGAUGGUUAAGAUGCAAACGAGUUCGGAUUUUUGUUCAAAUUGGAAGCUUUUGGAAGCAAGUCUAUUGCCUGUUGAAAUUGUUGAUAGAGGGCUUCAAGCACUUGCCAAUGGCUGCCCAAAUCUUCGGAGACUUGUGCUAAUUAACGCCAGUGAGUUGGGGUUGUUAACUGUGGCUGAAGAAUGUUUGACAUUGCAAGAAUUGGAGUUACACAAGUGUAACGACAACGUUUUACGCGGGAUUGCGGCGUGUGAGAAUUUGCAAAUCCUGAAACUUGUUGGAAACGUUGAUGGACUUUAUAGUUCGUUGGUUUCCGAUAUUGGAUUAACUAUUUUAGCUCAAGGGUGUAAGAGGUUAGUUAAGCUUGAGCUUAGUGGAUGUGAAGGUAGUUUUGAUGGGAUCAAAGCGAUAGGGCAAUGUUGUUUAAUGCUUGAAGAGCUGACUAUUUCUGAUCAUAGAAUGGAUGAUGGAUGGUUGGCUGCAUUGUCUUUUUGUGAGAAUUUGAAGACUUUGAAGUUGUUGUCUUGUAAGAGGAUUGAUUUGAGUCCGGGUCCAGAUGAGUAUUUGGGUUUUUGUCCGGCUCUUGAGCGGCUGCAUUUACAGAAGUGUCAGUUGCGGAGUAAGAAGAGUGUGAGAGCAUUGUUUAGAGUAUGUGAAGCUGUGAGAGAGGUUGUUGUUCAGGACUGCUGGGGAUUUGAUAAUGAUAUGUUCAGCUAUGCAAGUGUUUGCAGGAGAGUAAAAUUCUUAUCAUUAGAAGGAUGCUCAUUGCUGACAACUGGAGGUCUGGAAGCCGUGAUUCUUUCCUGGCAUGAACUUGAAAACCUUAUAGUGGUAUCUUGCAAGAACAUAAAGGAAAGCGACAUCUCUCCUGCACUUGCAACCUUAUUCUCUAUUCUUAAAGAGUUGAGGUGGAGGCCGGAUGCCAAAUCUCUGCUUGCAUCAACUCUUGUAGGAACUGGCAUGGGAAAAAGAGGUGGUAAAUUUUUCAAGAGGACAUGAGGCACGGAAAUUUCUAGCAUCAAAGAUUAGCAAACAUGGUAGUAGAACAUGAGGCACGAUGUACUUCUAACAUCAGAGUAAUUUUUCAGUCACCUUCCUUUCUGUUUAAGACUAACUAGGUUAGCAAGCAGAGAAAAAGGGUCAUCAUGUGACUGCCAAAUAUUGGUGUAGUUUAUUAUGUAAAACACUUAUUCGCAUCCUGGAAUAUGAAUGCCUGUAGACAACAUUAACUUGUUCCUUUUAUCUUCCUUUAUACCUUUUCUCCCACAUCUCUUUAGUAGGGUUUAGCAGUAGGGUCUGUUUUCGAGACGAUGUACCGCAGUUCUGCAGUCUACACGGUUGUAUAUAUUAAUAUUAGUACCAAAAUUUCAGAGGAA